GCUGACACCUGGUAUUCCGUUAUUUUCUGAUUCAGAAUCCAAAACAGCGAAGUAUCAAAGUCAGCGACGGCGGCGACCGUGAGACAUGAGCUCAAGUUGGUCCGAUCUUCCAAAAGACCUACUAACUCAAAUCGCUGAGAAACUUGAAACUCCCAUCGACAUCCUCCGAUGUCGCUCCGUCUGCCCUUCAUGGCGCUCCUCUAUCCCUCCAUUUCGCCGAUCCACUCAUUUUCCCAUCAUUCUGCCGUCCCGCGUGCCCCGCUUCCCCCAUAGACCUAUCUUUCGCCGUCAUCCACGGGCUUCUGACUCCAAUUCGGAGAACCGUGACGCAAUCCUCUAUGAAAGACCAAUCUAUCGCCGUCUCCCACCGGCUUCUAACCCCAAUUCGGAGAACCGUGACUUAAUCCUCCGUGAAAGACCGAUCUAUCGCCGCCUACCACUGGCUUCUGACUCCAACUCGGAGAACCGUGACUUAAUUCUCUAUGAAAGCAUAAUCUAUCGCCUUGAUCCACCGGCUUCUAACUCCAAUUCGGAGAACAGUGGCAGCUGGUUGUUCAGAAUCAAAGAGACAACUCCCGGGCGCGUUCGGCUUCAAAAACCACUGUCAAAGGGCUCUCUCCGCCCACUGCCUUGUGGGUUUCCCAAGGAUUUCAACCUACUGGAUUUUCGCGUCUCAGAGUUGUGCAAGGUAUACAAUGUUUUGCUUAGUCUACGCUUUCCAUCGGCCAUGGACCUUGAUGUUUCUAGGGUGGCUUUGUCGUCGAGACCCAAAUCAUCCAAUGAUGAUUAUGUGCUCCUGGCGAUCUACAGCCCAGGUUUUUUGUGUUCUAUUAAGUUAGGGGAUGGUGAAUGGACUGUAUGUGAAGAUGGUGGUAAAAAAAUCUUUCAUGAUAUAAUCAAUUUCAAUGGAAAAUUCUAUGCCGUGGAUACAUCUAGCAGGAUUUCGGUAUUCGACGAACUCUCAUUGCAGUUGAUUGAGGUUUUUGAACCCGCCAUGAGUGGAGACAAUUAUGGUGAUUAUUUCCGCCUGGUUAAGUCAUCUGAGCACCUUUUCUUGGUUUCCCGUAAUUCUACAUUCUAUUCAGGUGGCCUUGGUCCGUAUGAAGAUAAUCGUAAUUAUUAUUUCAGAUUCUUUAAGCUGAAUCAAGGGCUGCAUGGUCUGGAGGAGGUUUACAGUUUUGGUGAUCAAGUGUUGUUUCUUGGAGAGGAAUUUUCAUUUUCUGUUUCCACUCGAGAAUUUACAGGGUUAGAACCUGAUUGCCUUUAUUUUGUUGAUAAUUCUGGUCAGUCCUGUUUCAAUAUUGAGGUAGAUGGUGUUGGGGGAAAUCUAGGCAAUAUUGGUGUAUAUAAGCUAUGGGAUAGGAAGGAAGGGUCACUGGCAUCUUAUCCUGGGUGUUCUAAGAUAUUUUGGCCACCACCGGCUUGGCUGCAAUCAGGUCCAUCUCCAUCCUCGUCAGAUGGAGUGAGUUGUGAUAUGGGAAAGGAGAAGAAGAUAAAAGGAAAUCUGCAAUUGCAGGUUGGCAUAUAAAAGGGCCAAUUCUGAGGUACAUCUACUUUCUUGAAAAUGAGUUCUUCAAGAAAUAUGGAGUGUCGGAUAUCAUUCUGUGAUUCUCAAACUGCAAGUGCCAAGAUGGGUAUCAAAAACAAAUUCCACAUUUGUAGUGAAUGAGGUUGAUGUGGGUUAAAAUUCAAUAUGCAGGAUUCUUACGUAACUUAGUUUCUUUACUUUAUUGUGGGGCAACUGUAUAAAAUACCUCUUAAAAGUCUGCUCAGUGAUCCAAAAGUUUUUGGAUAGUCAUUGCAAAUAUGUCAUUUAGUCCAUUGGCGUUGGCUCAACUUGUAACUUGUAAGAAGUGAUUUAAAGUUGUAGACUUUGUUGAAAAUGCAUUUUGAAUCAAUCGCCUUUUAAGUGCAUACA